GGACUCACAGGCUCCUUCCUUCCUCUUCUCAAGGCCUGGCAGCCUCUUGACCUUUGCUUGUCUGAGGUUUACGUUUCUGUGGGCCUCAGCAGCUGCAGAAAGGAGGCUGGGAUUUGGUUGCCACUGGCUGGCAGAGCUAAGCCAGGAGACUCAUUCCCGGCACUAAACAAAGCCCAAUUAAUCUUUGACCCCUGCCCCUCCCAAGAGCUUUGGCCCUCUUCCCAUCUCUUUUCUUCCUUGUGGGCCUCUCCCUGCAUUCUCUGUCCCCUCAUUUUCCUCUGUGCCCUGGCCUGCACUGGCAGUUUCCCCCAGCUCCUGGCCCAGUCCAGUCUGUCCAUGCUGUCCUCAAGUCCUGCUUCCUGUACAUCUCCCAACCCUGACAGAGACAACCCAGACAAGAAGGUCCACUGGGCUUCUGAGAGGAGAAGGAGAACAUCAUCCACAGACUCAGAAUCAAAGACUCACUUGGACAUUUCUAAGUUGCCCAGGUCCCGGAGACCCAGCCGGCUGACGGUGAAGUAUGACCGAAGUCAUCUGCAGCGCUGGCUGGAGAUGGAGCAGUGGGUAGAUGCUCAGGUUCAGGAGCUAUUCCAGACACCUCAGGGCAAGUCCUGCCGGGCCACAGAGAAAAGCGCAGCCAGAGAACCUUGUUUUACAAGGGUCAAGAAGCUCCUUCGGAGCCCGAGAUUGAUCUGGAAGCUCUCAUGGAACUAUCCACAGAGGAGCAGAGGACUCAGUUGGAGGCCAUUCUCCAAGACUGCCCCUCAGACAGAGAGCCUUUUAUCUCUGAGCUGCUCAGUCAACUCAAGAGACUUCGGAGACUCAGCAGGCCUUCGAAAUAAUGCUGGAGAGACCAUCUGUAGCCGACAGAACUUCUGUAGCCUCAGCCCUGACCUGGAUGCUGGCUGAAAGGUCUUCAAUACAGACAAGGGAUGCAGAAGACAAGGAGAGACACUUGUACAGCUCAAGUGUGUGUGCAGCUACUGCUGGGCUCUCUGUGAGUCAGUUGUGGCUGGUGCCUAAUGCUUCCCUUGGCAGCCAGGAUAAAAACUUUAGGAGACCAGCUGAGUGUGUGGAGUGUGGUGUGUAUCUAUGCUGGGGGAAGGGAGAGGGAAGUGACAUCUUGGAAGACGAGCAUCCUAAGUGCCCUGGCUGUGCCCGCAUCAUCUAUCCAUCUACCACUCUCAUCCCACCCCCAAUGCCAACAGGUGUUGGGAAUUCAAAGAUGGAGAUCACAGCCUGGCUUUGAAGAGAUUGGGAGAGUGAGGCCCAGAGGCCGUGUGCAUAAAGCACACAGCCCCCUGGCAUCACCAACAAGAGGGGCCCAACUGGUAAAGAUAAGUUUUGAAUUUCACCGAGGAGGCAACAGGAAGCACCUCGCUGGAUCUGGAGCAUUCAAGGAGGUUGACCCCUCCUCCACUCACAGUGUAGCAAGGAUCUCUAGAACCAUCUCAUAUCUCUAGAACUCACCCAUAUCAGUCUCUGCCCUUAGUGAAUGUGGAAAAGGACAGAGCAGAGGAUAUGUAGAGUGAAAGGGAGUGCCAGGGGUUGGGCAAAGUUGUUGGAAGACAGAUAUUGGAUCUCUGAGGAGGGCAAGAUGGAACAGGAGCCAGGAGGUAGGUCCUUUGUGAUCAAGGUAGGAAGCAGGGCAUGUAUACAGUGUUCCUACAUUCACUACUUAAGUACUAGAGAGACAGAUAUCCAACAUGGAAGGGUCUUAUGGCUAAGCUGAGCUGUCCUGAGUAGAAGGCACAAUUCACUAAGAUGAAUAUUCAUACUUACUUGGUAUGAGACCACCAGGAUGGGGGACUGUCCUUGCUGGGAGCUUACACCUUUUUAUGAAUUCCACAGGAAUCUGCUUCUAGCCUACUGUGUUAUUAGCACCUCUCACAGGCCUCGGGCUCAGGGGCCACAGGAUUCUGGAUAUAGAUGGUGUUGGGUGCCUGGAGGUACAGGUCGGUGGAAGAGCAUGCGUGUAGCAUGUAUAAGGAGUGGGUUCAAUCCCCAGUACUGCCAGAAACAAACUCACAAAUAAAGAGUCUGGAGCUAGGGCUAUAGCUCAGUGGUAGAGUCCUUGUCUAGCAUGUGCAAGACCGUGGGUUCAAUCCAUAGUACAGACAAACAAAUCUGGGGCCAAUGACUGAACAACUUAUUUUUAUUAGAUCCACUAAAGGCCAGGGCUGGGCCCUGGAACCAGGUUUCCGGGCUCCUCCUUAGGUUCAGUCUGCUCUUCCCCAUCUGCCUCUCAGUUUCAGGCCAGCCUCUAGGAGGAAGGCCCUUACUCCUCCUUUCCUCUGGCUCCUCUAAGAGUCAUUAUCUUCUUCUUUCUUUUUUUUUUUUGGUUUUUCGAGACACGGUUUCUCUGUGUAGCUUUGCGCCU